UGACGGCACACGCCGUAUCAACCCUCGGUGUCUUAAACCCAAAACCCUAGCGCCUCUUCCAGCAGAAUGACUUAUUUUUCUCUUUAAAGGCCCUGAAACCACACACUUCCAUAAAGAAGAACAGAAGACGACCUUCAACUUUCACGGGUACAUUUUUUCUCUCCAAUUUCGACUCAUCCAGGGCUCACCCUCAGCUCUCUUCUAAACCUUUGUUUGGAAUUUCAUACAGGGUUUGAAAUAACUCAAAUGUAUAUUUGUUUUGAGAUUUUCAUUCUUGUGGGGCUGGAUUGAGGUGAAGCGAGUUGCAGUUCAAAUUGAUCCAUUGCAUGAUCUUUCUGUGACGGCGCCACUGUGAUUAAAAGAAAAAAUGAUCAAAGGAGGAAAGAGUUUGGUUUCUUCGCCUCCGGUGUUCUCAAACGAUGCUAAGAAGUUGCUUGUUUGCACCGGCUGUACCGUCUCUAUCUUCAGCACUUCAACUAGCUUGCAGAUCACAGAGUUGGAAGGGCACACAGCACUUGUAACAUCGGUUGUAGUGGUUCCAGCUUUUACUCCUUCCAGCAAAAUCCUGUGCUACUGCUGGACUUCUUCACUGGAUGGAACUGUUCGUUAUUGGGAUUUUUCACUGCCUGAAUUGAUGAAGACAGUUGAUAUUCGGUUGCCAAUCUUCUCCAUGGUAAUUCCAGGUAUAUUAAGCCAACUAGCUGAGACUGAUGGAAAAACUCCUAAUCUUUUCGCUUAUUUGUCUGUUGAAAAUACAAAAAUACAAGACGACCAGCCAAAGGUGCAUCGGAAAAUCUUGAAGUGUAACUUGACAAAGUCUCGUCUAGCUGCUGGAGUUAUAUUGGCGGAGACUCAACAACCAGAGUUAAUAACCAUUAGUUCCUCGGGAAAAUUCUUUGGAGUUCGAAACAAGCGCAAGCUUCAUGUAUGGGAGGUUAUCGCUCAUGAUCACGAGGGGGCUCCAAUUAAGAAGAUAACAUUGCAUCACACAAAGAACUUGACCGUUUUUGCUUUCCAUCCGACUGAGAGAAUUGUAGCUGCAGGUGAUGUAACUGGGAGGAUUUUGAUUUGGAGAAGUUUUGGUAGGAGAACAUUCUCUAUGGGUGAUGGACUAAUGAAUGGAAGAGCAAUGAACAAUGAAGAUGAAAGGCCUGGGGUUAGGGGUGAUGAUGAUGCUGAUUCUUGUGCCACUUGGCAUUGGCACUCUGCUGAAGUGAAGGUGCUGUCUUUCUCGUCUGAUGGGGCGUAUUUGUUUUCAGGUGGAAAGGAAGGAGUUCUUGUGUUUUGGCAACUGGACACAGGAAAAAAGAAAUUUCUACCCCGAAUUGGAUCUCCACUUUUAUAUUUUGCAACUUCACUAGAUCCUUCACUUUCCUCUGUAUCUUGUUCAGAUAAUCGGAUUCACCUGCUGAAAAUGCCUUCAAUGGAAAUCUUGAAGUCCAUAUCUGGGAUCAAGCUUCCUUGUUCAUUUCCAGAGAUAUAUGAAGGUUUACAUAGCCGGUUUAUAUUUGAUCAAACUGCUGGCUUGGUUGCCUUUCGUACAGAGAACUACUGCAUCCAAUUUUACAGCUUAUUUGAUGAUCGUGAAAAUUUUGAGGUCCAAAUCUGUGAGAGAAACCAUCAACCAAGUGAUGAUGUCACGGUGGUAGUGACUUUGAUGGUCCUCUCCCCAGAUGGGUCUAUGAUGAGUACAGCUGAAACCAAGUUUCCUGAAGAAGGAUUAGGAGGCCUUGUUUGUCUUAAAUUUUGGACAUCUGGUUCUCAAAGUAAAGGGUUCAUCUUAUCCACCAUCAUUUAUGAACCUCACAGGGAUGCUGGUAUUUCUGCUAUUGCUUUUCAUCCUACCCGUCAUAUGGCCGUCAGCUCUUCAUAUGGUGGUGACUUCAAGAUUUGGGCUUGCAGUCAUGAGAUUCAGCAAAGAGAUCAAACGCUUCAGAAUUCUGGCUGGACAUGCCAUGCUGUUGGUUCAUAUAAAAGAAAGCCGAUGACAGCUGCCACAUUUUCUGCCGAUGGUUCUGUUCUGGCCAUUGCUGCAGAAACUGUUAUCACAAUAUGGGAUCCAGAGAAGAAUGUCCUUGUGGCUGUUAUUGGAGAGACUCUGGAGCCAAUCACGAUGUUGUCAUUUAUUGGGAAGUCAGAGUAUCUUGUGUCUGCAUCCAGAGGUUCAAAAUCUCAACUGUCUCUUUGGAGCUUGUCGAAACUGUCUGAAUCUUGGUCAUAUAAGCUUCAAGCAGAAGCUGUAGCCUGUGUGAUGGAUGGUUCUUAUUUUGCUGUUCUCACCCUUCUUCCUCGAUCAUCCAAGCACACUGAGUUGACUGAAACUAAGAUAGAUGGAAGAGAUGGGGCGAUUUUAUUAUUCAAUGUGGGAGAACCUAUUCCUGUCACUACCUGGUUUGUAAAGAAGGCCAAGGGAGGGGGACUUGCCUUUAUUCAUGUAAAUUCAGCUUCCUUCAAAGGGAAUGUUUCGGAUGGAAAACUGCCUCCAGCAUUGCUUGCAUAUAUAAAUGGCAACCAUGAGUACGUUCUCUUUAACCCAUACAACCUAGAAGCACAUGAGCCCAGCAUGGUGGUUCGAGAGAAACCUGUUGGUAUUGAGGAUGAAACUGCAGGGAAAUUUGGGUAUGCAUCAAUCUAUGGGGCAUUACCAGAGUUUGAUGCGAAGAGAAAUCAGACUGAAUUGGCACCACUUUUGCCAUCUGAAAAGCCCUGGGAGACCAUAUUUUGUGGAUCAUCACAUAAUCUUCCACCCAUCACAAAAUUGUGUUCGGCCUUCCUGGAAUCUUUGCUAGAAAAGAGAACGCCAGUAAUCUCUGAUUGAACCACAUGAUGGAUUUUGCUUGACAGGUGUAGGAUUCCAAGUCAUCUUUCAACCGAUAGUUUGACAUAUUCUGGGAAAAAUGCCCUUGAUUCUUGAAUAUACUUACUGGUAAAAGAAAAUCAGAAUUCUUAUCAGUGAAAUAGGAAGAUUUAUGUGAGAGGCUAAAAGCUUGAGAAGAGGGCUUCCGUGUAAAUGCAAACAAAGCCUGGUUUGACGGCUUCAGGCUUUGUAAAUUUUGUAGCUUUGACCAUGCAAGUAGUUAUUUUUAUUUUUA